AUGGCUCUAAAAAGGCUCAGUCUUCUUGCUAAUCAUCUGAAUACGGAACCAAAGCUAGCGACUUAUCAAACAACUGCAGACAAAAUUGCGAUUAUCACAAUUACUCGUCCAUCAAAACUAAACGCUUUUAGCACUGCCGUCUGAAAUGACCUAAAUCCUCUAUUCCGACAAGCAGAAGAUGACCCAAAUGUCCAUGUAGUAAUUUUGACAGGGGUCGGAAAAUCUUUUGCAGCAGGUGCUGAUGUUUCUGAAUUUCAAAAUAAAUCAACAUCUUCAGUUAUCAUUACAAACCCAAUAGAAAAUUGGUUCACUGUUUUGCCUAGAAUGAAAAAGCCUGUAAUUGCUGCUGUAAAUGGACUUGCACUAGGAGGUGGCUGCGAAGUGGCAAUGAUGUGUGAUAUUAUUAUUGCUAGUAAAACUGCAAAAUUUGGGCAGCCUGAAAUUAAGCUUGGGCUAAUACCUGGAGCAGGGGGAACGCAAAGGCUUACGAGAGUUGUGGGAAAGUAUAAAGCUAUGGAAUUGAUAUUAACUGGAGAUAUGAUUUCUGCUGAUGAAGCUAAAGAAAUGGGGCUUGUUAAUAAGGUUGUAGAAAAUGCUCUAGAAGAAGCUAUUGUAAUUGCAAAGAAAAUAGCAAGCUAUUCUGUCCCAGUUGUAGGAAUUGCUAAAAAGUCGAUUAAUUUUGCAUUAGAAGUAGGAUUGUCAGCUGGACUUUCGCAUGAGCUGGCACUGUUUAACUCAGGGUUUUCAUUGCAAGAUAAAGAAGAAGGAAUAUCUGCACUUUUGAAUAAAAGAAAGCCUAAUUUUACUAAUAAAUAA